UCUUUUUAAUGUUAAUAUCAUUGUUAUGUGAUAAAUCCUUUCUGUUCUGUAACUCUUCAAAUGGAAACAACACUUUUGAAACUAAAACCAUCACAACCUGAUUCACUGCAAAAUCACACUCUUUAUUUCUAUUAAAUGAAGAAUAAGUUGAUAUACAAUUUUAGUAACAGUGAUGAAAGAAAGUGUAGUAAGCUUCAUUUUGAGGGUUUCUAUUUUUCCCCAAAUUUUGACCAAAUAAUGUUACUUUUUUGUAUAAUGAUAGUUGUCAGCCACACACAUGAUCAGUUUGUUUGCGGACAAAACACUGAAUCUUAGUAUAAUAGUUGUGCCCUAAUACCUGUACAAAAAAAUUGCUUGAGCAGAGGUAUAAUUAGUUUGUGUGUGAUGUUUCUGUACAACCUCAGUAGUUUAAUGAACAUGUGAAUUUGUUUAUUAGGUAUGUAUCUGGCUUAAUUGAUGCGGGUGAUUUCUAGGUUUCCUUGAUUAGUUUGCGUUUUCUUGCAUUUCCAGGUUAGUUUUAUUCUUCUUUUUUUAACUAUUUUUGUAUUAAUAUAACGUGUGAUAUGUUUGUUGGUGUUUAGAAAGCUGACAUGCUUUGAGAACCAAAUGGAGAAGUUGAUUCUGUCUGUCAUUAUUCUUCAUGAGAGUAGUGUAUGUGAAACAAGAAAGAAAAAUCAACUAAGGUUAUAGAAACAAGACAGUCUUCGACUCCUCAAAGAAAGAAAAAUUGAAGCCUUAGGUGAUGGAAAUUAGUUCUUCGCCAUUUCCCUUUGAUUGGAGCAAUGUUCCCCAGCGAUUGCGGACAAAACGGAAGAGAAAAUUUAAUGGCAAGAAAGCACUUUCUAGACCCAACAAAGUGCACUCUAGACCAAAGGAAGCACCCUCUAGACCCAAGGAAGCAUUUUCUAGACCCAAGGAAAAGCUAGACAGUGGAAUGUUUUAUACUUUCUUGAUGAAGAUGUGGAAAAUUUUCCCAGAAGACAGGAAGGCACAGUUUAUGUGCUUUGACAGCUUAUGGUUUAGCCUUUACAGGACUUCUUCAUCUAAGGAUAAGGUGCUGACUUGGAUUAAAAAAGAACCUAUUUUCUCCAAGGCAUAUGUUUUUGUUCCCAUAGUCUGCUGGGGUCACUGGAGCCUUUUGAUCCUCUGCCAUUUUGGUGAGAGCUCGCAAUCAACUUCUAGAUCACGGUGCAUGUUGUUGCUGGAUUCACUUGAAAUGGCCAAUCCAAGGCGACUUGAACCUGAGAUCAGAAGAUUUGUACUAGAUAUUUAUGAAUCAAUGGACCGGCCUGAGACAAAACGAAUUGUAUCCCAAAUUCCAUUUUUGGUGCCUGAGGUGCCACAACAAAGAGAUGGUAAUGAAUGUGGAUUUUUCGUGCUCUAUUUCAUUAAUUUGUUUUUGGAGCAUGCUCCUGAUAACUUCAGCAUGGAGGGAUACCCUUACUUUAUGAAAAAAGAUUGGUUUAGCUUUGAUGGCUUGGAUAGGUUUUGUGAGGGACUUAAUUCAGUGAGUUAGACGUCUCCAAACUUGACUAAACUAGUUAUUAGAUCUCACAUACUUUAUUGUUGACUGAUUAUAUUAGAAUGGUAAUUGGGGGAUUUGUUCAUAUCAGAGGCAGGUGCAUCUAGAAGUUUAGUCUAUAGUAGAGAGGGUACUCUCUUCUAUGCAUCUAGUUGAACUUUAUUGGACUUGUAUUUUCCUCUGCAGUUCAUGUUUACAGUGGCAAUUUGCUUCUAUUUUAUUGUUAAAUUUUGUUCAAAUUCA